AUGAAUUCGAUUUUCUCUCGUAGAGUCGUCGUCGACUCAUCUUCACGUCUCACCAAAUGGCUCGCAAACCCAACAACUCAUUCUCACCCGAAUCACCAUCAUCACUCCUUCACUUCUCUCUACAGACCGAGCCAGAGCCGCCAUUUUCGAACCCACUAUCUUCCUUCGAGCCCAUCGUCUCCUCCGGCGACCCGAUUCGACCCUUCUCUCCUAUGCCGAUCGGAGAAAAUUCGCGGGUUUUUCGCGGGCGCUUUAGGGAGCAAAGCCGCGAAAUUGGGAAAUCUCGUGGAAUCCAGAGUUGCGUUCUACGGUUCUCAGUUUCCCAAAAAGGGUUUCCAAUUCGAGGGCUUUUCUGGGUCUCAAAGGCGUGACUGGAAGCAUUGGCUUCAAGGGUUAUCAGCAAAUGACGUUGUUCUUGGACUGAUAAUAUCCAACACUGCUGUGUUUAUGAUGUGGCGAGUUUUCAACCAACAAUUCAUGAUGAAUAAUUUCAUGAUAUCGUUGGACAAUUUCAAGAGUGGACGUCUACACACUCUGAUAACUUCAGCAUUCAGUCAUAUUGAUAUUGGACACAUCAUCUCAAACAUGAUUGGACUCUACUUCUUUGGAUCCAGUAUCGCAAGAAACUUUGGCCCUCAGUUCCUUUUGAAGCUCUACCUUGCUGGAGCGCUUGGUGGCUCUGUUUUCUACUUGAUUCACCAUGCUUAUUUGGCUGUGUCAUCGCCCAAGGGCCAAGGAGCUUUCGCGAGGGAUCCAUCUAGAACACCGGGACUGGGAGCGAGUGGAGCCGUGAAUGCCAUCAUGCUGCUAGAUAUCUUCCUGCACCCAAAAGCUACUCUAUACCUUGAAUUUAUCAUUCCAGUUCCUGCAAUGUUACUUGGAAUCUUUAUCAUAGGAAAAGACCUUUUAAGGAUAGCAGAGGGGAACAGUAACAUAUCAGGUUCGGCUCAUUUGGGAGGAGCUGCUGUUGCAGCCGUUGCUUGGGCUCGGAUUAGAAGAGGUCGCUUCCGUUACUGA